UCCAGCUGCCCAUAAUUAAACCUGCUUUAAGAAAGGCAAAAAAAAAAAAAAAACAAAAACAAAAAACUAAGAAGAGAGAGAACACAAACCGAAUCACCACUUGUAGUAAUGCACCCCCUCAAUCCCUUUCCCAUAUCCCCCACCAAAUAUUCGAGUCCCCACUGCCAUCCCCAGUCGCCGCCGCCAUGUCCGCCGAAAGCGAGCACGGCACCCCCCUCGCCACAGCCGCCGCCGCAGCCGACCGCCCCACCAGCGACAAGAAGGACACCUCUACCACCACCCCGACUCCUCCCUCCUCCCACCGCCGCCGUCGCCGCUGCCUCAUCUGCUGCGGCUCAUGCACCGCCCUCGUCGUCGUCAUCGCCGUCGUCCUCGUCAUCAUCGCCCUCACCGUCUACAAGGUCAAGGAGCCGGUCAUGACCAUGAACUCCGUCUCCAUCAAGAACCUCAACAUCAACCUCCGCUCCUUCCUCUCGAUCAACCUGACGAUGGUCGCCGACAUCUCGGUGGAGAACCCGAACGCCGUCUUCUUCCGCUUCGGGGAGAGCACCACCACCCUCUACUACCGGACGCGGGAGAUAGGGGUGGCGUACGGACCUCCCGGGACGGCCGGGGCCCACAAGACUUUCAGGCUCAACGUGACGGUGGACGUGAUGGCCGGCCAGCUUCUCGCCGAUCCCCAUCUGAUCGGCGAUCUGCUGGGGGGGAAGCUGGACGUGACCACGUCGACCAAAGUCGGUGGCAGAGCGAAGAUUUUUCUGAUCAUCAAACACCAUGUGGAUGUGUUGAUGAACUGCAGCCUGACGCUGGCCGUGUCCGACCAGUCGAUUUUGGCUCAGAGUUGCAGCCAGCGUGUGUGGCUAUGAUUUAUGAUCAUUUUGGCACAGAUUUCAUGUCAAUAAACUCAUAGGUUUUAAAUGGAAAUAUUUUGAUC